AUGAAAAGUAGUGGUAUUAAUACAAUUUUUACUGCAGCUAUUACCUCUGUUUAUCAAUUAGUUUUUAGUAGUAAAACGAAAUGUGCAGGAAUUUCUUACUUAGGUUUAGACCAACCUGAAACAGCUCAAAAGUUAUUCAUUGGUUGUCUUGGUAAAAUUACAAAAAACACAAAUCAAACUAGUUAUAAUUAUCAUAAUUAUUCUGCAUCAUUAUUUCAUAAUCAGAUUGUUGCUGAAUACAAAGAUAUUUCACUCAACGCUGUUUGGAAUAAAACUGGAAUUUUGACAUUUAUUUUGGGAUACUUUAUUUGCUAUAAAUCUCCCAUGAUUAUGGAAAAACUAUAUGAAUUUCAUUUAAAAGAAACAUUAGAAGAUCAAUUGGCAUCAAAUAUUUCAAAGUUGGAUGUAACUAAAAAGUAA